GCUCUCUCCGUGGAAGAACUGUGACGUGCCAAUUAUGAGUUUUAUACCCGGCGGAAGAUCCUGACUGUUCUCUUGUGUUGCUGUCGCAACUGGUGUUGCUACACUGUCGCAACGAUCCUGCUAAAUUUAUACCGGUGAGGAGUGCGGAUUCGGCACAGCUAUGGCAGAAGGGAAUGGGGAGAUAAAAAUGGAAGAAAAACAAGAAAUGGAAAGUGUGGAACGGACAGAAGAUUUUAACAAACUCAUGGCAUAUGGACUAGAUGAGAAAGUGGCUGCCAAACUGGAUGAAAUUUAUAAGACGGGAAAAUUGGCUCAUGUUGAUCUGGAUGAAAGAGCUCUUGACGCCUUGAAGGAAUUUCCAGUUGACGGCGCGCUAAACGUGCUUACGCAAUUUCUGGAAUCUAAUCUGGAACAUGUAUCUAAUAAAUCCGCGUAUCUUUGCGGAGUAAUGAAAACAUAUAGACAAAAGAGUCGUGCUGGUCAAGGUACGGGCACCAGUACGACACCCAAGGCCCCGGAUGAGGACAAAAUCAAGAUGAUCCUGGAGAGAACAGGAUAUCCUUUGGAUGUAACUACUGGGCAAAGAAAAUACGGUGGUCCUCCACCAAAUUGGGAAGGUCCAACUCCUGGUACUGGUUGUGAGGUAUUUUGUGGCAAAAUCCCAAAAGACAUGUACGAAGACGAAUUAAUUCCGUUAUUUGAAAAAUGCGGAAAAAUUUGGGACUUGAGACUGAUGAUGGACCCCAUGUCAGGUUCCAACAGAGGAUACGCAUUUAUCACAUUUACUAACAGGGAGGCUGCGCAGCAGGCUGUCCGAGAGCUCGAUAAUCACGAAAUAAAACCCGGCAAGAGUCUGAAAGUAAACAUUAGCGUUCCUAAUCUACGACUUUUCGUGGGGAACAUACCAAAGUCAAAAGGCAAAGAGGAGAUCUUGGAGGAAUUUGGUAAAUUAACAGCUGGCCUGACGGAGGUGAUUAUCUACAGCUCACCGGAUGACAAAAAGAAGAAUAGAGGUUUUUGCUUUUUGGAGUAUGAAUCUCACAAAGCAGCUUCCUUAGCCAAGCGAAGGUUGAGCACUGGACGUAUCAAGGUUUGGGGAUGUGAUAUUAUUGUCGAUUGGGCUGACCCUCAGGAGGAACCGGACGAACAAACCAUGUCUAAAGUUCGUGUGCUUUACGUGCGAAAUUUGACGCAAGAUUGUUCGGAGGAGAAGCUAAAGGAGAGCUUCGAACAAUACGGCAAAAUUGAACGAGUGAAGAAGAUCAAGGAUUACGCUUUUAUACACUUCGAAGAUAGGGACAAUGCUGUUAAAGCAAUGAACGAAUUGAACGGAAAAGAAAUGGGUGGAUCCCACAUAGAGGUUUCAUUGGCAAAACCACCAUCCGAUAAAAAGAAAAAAGAAGAGAUGCUACGUGCUAGGGAGAGACGAAUGAUGCAGAUGUUACAGGGUAGAGGCGGUUUUCCUUUUGACAGUGGAUCUCCAUCUCAUCCCAGCAUGAUGGGAGGCCCAAUGCCAGUUCGUGGACCUGCACAAGGACCUCGGGGCACCGGCGCAGGUAUGCGUGGACAGAUGGGACGAGGCGAUUACGCUCUCAAGGAAAUAGAUUAUGAUUACGACUAUUACGGUUAUGGGGAUUAUCGAGGUGGCUACAGUGAUCCCUAUUACGAUGACUAUUAUCGAUACGAAGAUUACUAUUUCGAUUAUGCGCCGCCUCCGCCGCCUGCCAGAGGGAGAGGCAGGCAGCCUCAACCGGCUGGUCGUGGCCGUGGAGUAGUGCCACGUGGCCGAAUCGGUGGCCCGCAAGCCCGUGGGCCAGUCAGGGGGGGACGCAACCCCGCAGCUUCAGGGGCCCGUGGGGUCCAGCGGCUGGCCGCUCGUGGGGGGGUCCGCGCCAAGGGAAGUUUACCAGGUGAGGAUGCAGGUAAACGAAAAUUUGACGGGGGUCACCAGAACCAGGGGGAAUCUAAGCGUCGCUUCCAGAGCAACUGGGGAAACCAGCCCCUCGCCCAACAACCACUGGGCAAUGCGUACGGAUUGGCGAGUGUGAAUGGUGGCAGUGGUGGUGGUGGCGGUGACAUAGGUUUUGGAGGCAGAGCCGGCACGCUCGGCGGUGUUUCCGGCGACGAUCACGAAUGGUAUCAAGACUCCUACCAGUCAUGGAGCUAACUUCUGCAAGCCUGUGAGUGAUGAAAAAAAAAGAAAACAAAUAUGCGCGUACGAACAAAUGCAUGAUAGACGAAGCGAGCGAGCAGGAGAAGCGAGCGUAAAUUAAGAGGAAGGAAAAAACUAAAAAACUAGAAUCAGACUGACGGAACGCAGAGAGAAAGAGAGAGGGAGAAGCAGAGAGAGAGAGAGAAAGAAAGAAAGACAGAGAGGAGAGGAGACGUAGGACGGAACUACAGAAAAAGAUCAUCCACACAUUUGUAUUAUUAUCGCUCUUAAUCAAUUCGAAUAAUUGUAAAUGUUUUUUCAUAUUAAUAAUACGCAGCAACUGUGCUCUGCGCCACCACCAUCGCCCGCUGUUGUUGUGAUUAUGUACAGUGAUGUGCCACUGAGACUAAUUAUUACAUCGGAGUGUGACCACCCACCCCACCCCGUACUAUUAUUAUUAUUAUUAUUAUAAUAAUACUAAUCUAAGUACCACUACUGCAUUGUCACAUUGUUUACUGCCAAGUGAUGAAGAUCAGCGAUGUUGACAUAGGGAUUGUGAUGGCUUGUAUUAGUUAAGAGAACUCAUGGAAGCCUGCGGUUUAUUACGCGAUGAUGACUAGAUUUUUUUAAUCUACGUGACGAAGCGUGUGUGUUAGAUAGGCUCGAGGGGUGACGUAGCUAGUAUCACGAGAAAGAAACAAAGUAGGGAAACCGAGAGAGAGAGAGAAAAGGAUAGAUGGAAAUAGAAGAGACGGAAGUUCAAUCUUGAGGAAGCGAGAUGUGUAAUAGACGUGUAGGCAAGCAGAAGGCGCAGGGCGUGAAUGUGAUACUUGGCGAGCAUGCGAGAGGGAUGAGCGUCUGAGAUGACACGUAUUUGCGAGAGACGAGGUGAAAAAGAGAGAGAGAGAAAGAGAACGAAAGAGCGAACGAGCGAGCGAGCGAGCGAAAGAGAUUGUCUUUAAGCGGAAUGUGUCUGUGUGUGUAUGUGUGCGUGGAGCGUGCCAAGCGCGCCGCAAGACCUUCUAUUGUUGGUCUAUAAAUGUGUACAGUCAGUGAAACUAUUAUUAUUAAGAGUCAGGCAAAGUUUUGCGAAAGUAGCAAGUGAAACGUUGCAAGCCAGCGGGCUCUGCGGGUGUCUCCCAGAAUUAGGUUUGGUUACGGUCACGCGACGGUUCUAUUGAAUAAGAAAAAGGGAAAAAAAGGGAAAAAAAAGAGUAUUGCUCACAAUCGAGAAGAAACCCACUUGUACAGUAAAUUUUUCAAUGACAGUAUCGAAGUAGCGAGGUAAACUCGGAUCCAAAUCGUAAUAUAUUUAUUUGUUAACGUGUUCUUUUUUUUAUAAUUGAAAAAUUAAUUGAUUGAUCGUUGGAAGCAUAAUUAUCAAAGACGAAUCUUAUUCCCUUUGGAAGGGAAGUGAAAAAAGAGUGUAUUGUUUUUUCUAAAUUUUAUGUAAAAAGUAAAUUUGUUUCUCGUAUUCUUUUACGAUUUAAAAAAAAUAGAGAGAGUGAGAGAGAGAGAAAGAGAGGGAGGAGGAAAGUUUUUAAAGAUGACUGACUACGAAUUUGAUAAUGAUAGUCACGGAUUGAAGUAGGAUGUAAAAUGUAAUGUUUACAAAUGCAUGAACACAUACAGCACACAUUUUGAGUGUUGACUUGUUGUUAUUGUUAGCCUGUUAGUUAAUUAGUAAGAGUUGUAAGUGCGGGCUGUAGUUGGUCCCUGUCCCUGGAGCCCAGACACCCCCUGUUCUGGAUGAUUAUUUGAAAAAGGGAAGAAAAAAAAAAGGAAAACAUACGCAAAUCAUUGUAUUUUACACGCACCCCCGGAAUAUACGAAGGCAAAUACGACGCAAAGACGAGAAAAAAAAAAGAAAAAAAUGAAUAUUAUAAUAACGGAAUAGCUGCAUAUCAGACUCCUGUUUAUUGUAACACCAAACGAGACGACAACCGCAUAUUGUAACAAUUGUAUUGGCCCCGGAUCGGAUAUUUGAUACAACCAAGUAGGAUCGACGGAUAUAUGUAUGUGAUACAGUAUCGAACGUGAUUCUACACCGAACGAUUAUGCCACAGACCGACCAACCAGAGAUAUAAAAGUAUCGCCUAUACAUCGUAUUGUAACAUGGAACCACCAUAUGAUAUAUGAUUUACAGAUACACACACCACACAUAUACAAACAAUAUGAAAAUACGAAAUAUCGCGAUAGACGCACCAUGGACAAAAUGUCUGGAUGACGAUCGAUUGUUCGCCCAACCUCGUAUUUAUGAGCAUUUUGUUAAUUUUUAUUCAUGUUUUACUUAAGUCUAAUUCUUCUUCGUCAUCGAUACUGUUUUACUGGUAGCGAUGAAUCAAUCGCAUUCUAGGAGUAACGAUUAGACGAGGGAAACGUACCCCGUUUUUACACGUCCUGUCCCCAGUUAUACUUGCGAUCAUUGUCUC